AUGCAGAACAACUUCCCAGCCCCUUUAGGUGAAAUGGUAAACUUUAGAAUCGACACCUCCAAACUUCAAUCGAAUUUAGAUUAUUUGCAUAAUUCAAUUGCAAGCACGAAAAAAGAUAUUGACAAUGCGAACACUCAUUUUCAAUCAGAUUUAGCUGGUAUUCACUCAGAAAUUGAUGAAUUGAAAAAGCUUGAACCGAAAGUUGCUAGUUUUAGCGAUCAUAUUAAUGAAUCUGAAAAUUUAAAGAGAAAAAUUGAUGCCUGAGAUGACAGAUUUAAGAGCUUAGACGAAAAGAUCUUUAAUGUCCAGUACGAGGCCAAUGCAAAUUUAAAAGAAUUAUCAAAAAUAAGGGCCCCCCCCUCAUUUGUCCAAUUUUCUUUUUUUUUUUAACUCCCCCCCAUCCUUGAUUUAACGAUUGACUGUAAAAAUUCCUAAAAUUGGGGAAAUUAACCCCCAUCCUUGAUCGAACGAUUUUCAUAUCAUGCAAAUUUUUAUAUAUAUAAAAAUAUAUUAGUUAUCAAAAGCUUGGAAAAUGUACCUAAUGAAGUUGUUUUUCAGAGACUUUGAGACGAUAGAAAGCUUUGGAAUCAACCAUGCAGAGUGAUUUAGUCACCAACCUAGGCUUAAAAACUCAAUAAUCUAAAAAUAGAGAUUCUUUUAAAAUUUAAAAAAAAAAUUUUAAUUCAAUAAUGAACAAAUUAAAAUUUAUACAGUUUAAAGGGAUAACUAAUAAAUCAAAAUAUUAAAAAUUGGAAUUUAAUGAAAUUAAUUCAAUUUUUUGCUGUAGAAAUAAUUAUUAAAUACUCUUAACCCUCUUAUUUAAAAGCAAAUAAAAAAUAUAUAUAUAUAUAUAGUUUUUUUUUCCCAAAAAAAUUUUUUUAACCCCCAUCCUUGAUCGAACGAUGGCUCGCAAUCGUUCGAUCAAGGAUGGGGGAGUAAGAAAAAAAAUUUUUCAGGACCUCAUUUGUCCCAAAAUCUAGUCAAAAAUAAUUUUUCCCAUUUUCUAGUCAUUUUUGGAUUUUUCGAAUGUCCUAAAUUUUAGUUUUUUACUGUAAAAAAUAGAAAAUGAGACAAUUGAGGUCCUGAAAAAAAAAUUUUUCCUAUAAAAAAAACUAGAAAAAUGGACAAAUGAUAAAAGACUAGAAAAUUGGACAAAUGAGGGGAUCCUUACGAUAGAAAUUACUAUAAAUAGUACCAAGAAUGAUUUGGAAAAUACAAUAAACGAUAUCAGGCAAGAUUUUGAAGAAUGUUUUUCAAAGCAGUUAGGAUUAAUAGAAAAAACAAAUUCUGAAAAAUUCGAAAGGCUAGAAAAUAUUCUCAACUAUGAGCUUAAGAGGAGAUGCACUCUAAAGAAAGUAAAAAAACUUAUAAAAACAGAAUUACUUAAAAAUCCACAAACAGUGCAAAGUUCUAUUAUGAACAAUAAAGAAAAUGAAGAAGAUGGGAAAAAAGAAGAAAAAGAUGAAGACAGCAUGGAUGACUAUAACUUGAAUGAGAUAUUUCUUAGACUUAAUAAUCUAGAAAAAAGGAUGAGCACUGAACGACAGCAAGUAGCAGUUUUUUCUCAAAAGGCUGAAGAAAUUCUCCAAACAGACUCAGUGCCUGACAAAUCUGAGCUUUUGAACGAAUUUCAAUUGAAAUUCAUCAGAAUUGUAGGCGAAAUAAAUCAAUUAAAAGAGAUUUUAAACACGAUUCCAAAUAAGCCGGCAGAACCAACUCCUGAAUUAACAGUAUCAACCGAAGGCUUUAAUUCAUUUGAAAUUCUUGAUAAAAAAAUUUUAUCAAUGGAAAAUUCCUACUCCAGAACGAUCGAAAACCUCAAAAACCAAAUUGAAUCUAUGAAAUACACUUCAGGUGCAGAUAAACGAAAGCAAAGCAUUUCAGUUAAAAGCAUCCAUGACUUAAAUAAUCUAGAGCAAAAUAUAUCUGCCCAUAUAGAAUCAACAACUGAGCAAGUAUAUAAAGAAAUUAAUUUUAUAAAGUCAGAAAUUUCGACAAUACAGAAUAAUUUGACCUUAAAAGUAUUUAGAGCAGAACUAGAAGAAAUUAUUGAAAAAUUAAAUAAGCAGAAAUCUAGAUCAGCGCAAAAGGUAGAAACACCGAAAAAUAAUGAAAAUGUAGGUUUUGAUUUUAAAUCUCUGGAAACUAGAGUGAACUCUAUGUGAAUUAGCCUUGAAAAAGUCCAUAAAAUGGAAGAAGCUUUUCAAAAAGUAAUUAAUGAAAAUAUUGAUGUAAAAAUCCAUAAAUUUGAUGAGAAAUUAGACAGCCAGUAUAGGGAAUUAACAGAAAAAAUGCAGGAACUACAGAGAUUUUGUGUGGCUGAAACUGGAGAUAAAGGAGACAGGAUUGAUAUUUUUAUAGAAAAAGUACAGAUGAUCGAAGAAGAAAUAAGAAUGGUAAAAGCUCAUAGAAGGCCAACAGUACAGCUACAACCAAUUGAAAGUCAAAAUAUAGCAAAUGCAAAACAAGAAGAGGAAGAAGAAGAAUCGGAUAGGUCUUUAGAUAGCAGCUUCCAAUACAAAACUCUUACAAGCAGCAGAAAUAAAUGGUGAUGUCCUCAGGAGAUAGACUCAGAAGGGCAAUCCUUUAGAGCAGGUAGGAUCGGCCCCGAUGAAGCUGAAAAUAGCAUUUGUUACUUUUGAAGUCGGCUUUAGGGUUUAGUUAUGCCUGCCGAAGAGAUAAGUUUUCCUCCUCCCAAAGGUUUCCCUGUCCUGCUAGAUGGAUAGAUAGGCUUUGGUUCCCACUUAGUCUUGCUUAUUGGGACUAUCGGGACAUCCGCAAGAGGCAGCUCUAGCCUAGAGAGCUAAUUCUUAGGUUAGGUGGAUUUAUGCCAGAUAGGCAUCUAGUGGUCUCUCCGCUUAUGGCCUUAUAGCACUUCUAUUUAUUUCCUGAGAAUAGUCCAUAAGUGGGUGAGUUACUCGCUAUCCAAAAUUAUUAGUUUUUGGUUGGACCAUACUUGAAACCCAGCAUGCAAUUCCCCAUUUAUGGGUCUAUUAACUGGAAUUUUCUAUAACUUUAACUUACUUUACAAGCCAGCUAAAAGUCCAAGAUGCAUACAUAAAGCAAGCUAAUUCCAACAUACAAAAGCUUACAUUAGAUGUAAAACGAAUCCAAGAAAUUAUUGAUAAAAAUCAAGAAGAUGGCCUAAACGCUUACUUAAACCAGCUAGAAGAGCUAAAAGCUAAUCUUUCAGAGGUAAUGACAAAAGUCCAAGAAGGUUCCAGGCUAAACCAAAGAGAUUUUUCAAUGCUUACUGAUCUAUACCACAUAGUUGAAGGCAAAGGCAACAAAGAUGAAAUUCUGGAAAAAGUUGAUAGAAGAGAGCUGAAACAAGCCUACUGGAAUUUGUCAAAAAAAGUAAAUUUUAUAUAGAUUGACAGUGUUCAAGGAGAGCUUAAAACUAUUGAGGAAUCAAAACGGAGGGUCGUAGCCAAAAUAGAUAAACCAACGCUGUUUAAACAGAAAGAUAAUAAUGAAUGUUUAGCUUGUGGACAAAAUAUUCCAGCACCUUCUUAUAGUGCCAGAGAAUGGACAAACUCAGGCAGUUUCCCUGCACUAACUCACUCAAGAGUAUUUUUUAAUUAGUUUGGGCCUGGAUUUUCAAAGAUUUUGCCUAUGGUUCAUGCUUCAAGUGAAGCGUUUAUCAAUCUUCACCUGAAGUCAAAAUCUGAACUGCCUUUUCCAGUAAUAAAACCAAUUGAAAAAAGUAUCGAUAACAGCUUUAAAGCAUUAUCAAGCACCCGCUCUAACAAGACCUCCUCCAGAACUGCUAGAGUAUCUACCACUAUCGGCAAAGAUAGAUAA